AUGCAAGCGAAUGGCUCUGAGGAGCCAGUGUGUCUCAAGGUGCCGGUGACGAUCCUGACCGGCUUUCUAGGUGCAGGGAAGACGGCCCGGCUGAAUGCAAGCCUGCGAGAGGGUCGCAGCCGUAUCGCCGUCAUCGAGAAUGAGAUCGGGUCGCUGGGUGUGGAUGGGGCGCUGGUGGCCAAUGCUCAUGCCGAGGCCGAUGGUGUGAUUGAGCUGGCAAACGGCUGCCUGUGCUGCUCCGCGGAGGUGGACCUCAUCGCUGCUUUAGAGGCACUGAUCCACCGGCAUCGAAACCAAGCCGUGGACCGGAUUCUCAUCGAGACCACCGGCCUGGCCGAUGUCGGGCCCGUGAUUUCGCUCUUGGAGGAUGCCAAAGAUCCACUGGCCGAGGACCUCUACUUGGAUGGAGUUGUGACGGUGGUGGAUAUCAACACCUUGCACAAGUGGGCUCCCAGGGGCGGUCCAGGGAGACAUGAACAAAGCGCCGACGACAUUCCUUUCCCUUCAUGGUCUAGCGGGUUCGGCUACAGCUCUGGUAUUCCGCAGGUGCUAAGUCUCGGGAAAGCCGCGGUGCUGAAGACUUUUUGGCGCCAGGUUGCCUUCGCCGACCAGAUCAUCCUCAGCAAGUGCGAUCUGGCGAGCGCAGCGGUGGAGGAAGUUGCUCGCUUGCUGGAGAACGUGAAUCCACUCGCCGAGGUGCUUCGACCUUCGGAUUCAUCGCUCCAACCGCUUCCCCCGCUGCGCCGUCGACCGGCAGUAGGUCGACGCCCAUCGCCAGCUCCGGCUGCUUUCUGCGGCGCAACGGUGCCAAAGCUUCGGACAGCCGGCCAUCUCGAUGCAGUGGACCGCCGAACAGUGAUUCUACCCGAGGGCGCACAUCUGUUGGAGGAUUCGCUACGACGGUUGGCGAAGGAACUACUCCUCGGCGAGGCCGGUCGCACGUCCGCUCCCGGUUCAGAGGUCUGGCGCAUCAAGGGCCUGGUCCAAGUUUCAGGCCAUGGAGUGACGCUCCUCCAAGGGGUCGGUGAUCAGGUCUCUCUGGAAACGUGGGCAGAUCCCGUUAAGGUCUUUUUCCUUGUCUUCAUCGGCGUUGAGCUUGGGCAGGAAGUGUUGGAGGCUGCCGUGGCUGCUUGCCGGGACAGAUCAGAGCCCUCGCAGGCCCUUGCCGAUGCGGAGCGCGGCCAACCUUUACUGUACAGACAGCCUAACUUGGCCAUCGCUGAUUGGCUUUCAAUUCGUAUCGGUGCCGGCCCCACGGACUGUGUGCCGAUGUUUGGGGGAGGCUUCUUCGGGGGCGGCGGCGGUGAGGGGCGCGGCCCAGCUGGCUUCUUUGGCCAAAAUGCCAGAGGCAACUUCAAAGCGGAGUACGACGUUUAUCCGGUCAGCUUUAUGGGCAAAGAAGAGCUGGAAAAGGGAAACAAGAUCAUUCUGCCGCAGUCCGCGCUGGACCGGCUGGCACGGCUGAACAUUUCCUGGCCUAUGCUCUUCGAGAUGACGAACGUCGCCACCUCCAGAUCUACCCACGGAGGUGUCCAAGAAUUCAGUGCGGAAGAGGGAGUCUGCUACUUCCCAUAUUGGAUGAUGCAAAACCUUCUCCUGGAAGUCGGCUCCAGGGUCGAAAUCACCAACACCUCGUUGCCAAAGGGGAGCUUUGUCAAGCUCCAGCCCGUUCAUUCUGAUUUUCUCGAAAUCCACAACCCUCGGGCAGUCUUGGAGAAUUCCUUGAGGAAUUUCGCCACGCUGACUGUCGGGGACUGCAUUGUCAUAGACUACAAUCAAAGAAAGUACGAAAUUGAAAUUGCAGAGUGCAAGCCGACGAAAGCGAUUUCCAUCAUCGAAGCCGAUGUAAACGUGGAUUUUGCGCCUCCGAAGGAUUACCAGGAGCCCCCGCCUCCUUCCGCAGCUGCAGAAAUUGCGGGUGCCUCCUUCGCUACGAAGGUAGAGGAGGCGGAUGCCGCGGCUCCAGAGGAGACGGCGGCAGCUCUUUUUGGGGGGAGCGGGCAGAGAGUUGAUGGGAAGCCCAUUCGGACGCCACUGUCCUCACCCGCGGCAGGUCCAUCUCCCCCACCGAUGCCUGACGAGGAGGUUCUCAUGCCGUGGAUCAAGAGAAUACCGGGAGGCGUCAAGUGGACAAGCCCACCUUAUGGCUAUGGAGAGAGCCACAUGACUGGUGCAAAGGCCCGAACUUGGUGUACAGAGCCUGAUAAAAAGCCUUGUCCCAGAGGCAUGAAGGCUGCGGGCUGCGGAGCACAAGCCGGACGUGAAGCAUCGAACAGAUCUGCAGACAGCAUGUGCCCGCAGAACGUUGAGCAGGGUUCUGGCCGUUGCAAGAGCCUACACCUGCUUUCAGCAAGAUUUGAAGUGCUGUGGCGUUGUGUUGCUCUCAGUUGUGAGUCAGGUUGGCUCAAGCGUGGGCCAACCAACACACACAUGGUGCCUGAGCAGCAAGGCCACUCCAGCAACUAUUGCCUGGCUCAGGCUUUGGCAGUCCAACCUCCAAAUCAUAAAUCGAUAGCACAUUGCAUGCGCUCCAGAAUUUCCAGGCAAUGGUAA